AUGGCAACAGACAGAGAGAAGAUUGGACCCGACCAUGUACCCGGCAUUAUUGACCCAGGUAACAUCCACAUCAUCCAGCCCAGGAGUUCUGUGGCUUCUGGAAGCCAUGGAAGGCAGCCUUUGAGGAUGACCACUUACUCAACCUCAGCAAGAACGACCAAGGGUGACGCAGAAAGAGUGAACUUACAGAAGCCACUCAUGCAGAAUCCAAAUCUUCUGAAACUUAUCCCUGGGCCAACAUACACCUUGAACCAGUCACAAUGGAACGUGUCAUUUGGAUCAUUUCCUCCUUUUGAUCCAAAGAAAUUCAUAAAUGAGGAGGACAGAACAUUACAGGUGAGCAUGAUUUCUUUUUCUCCCCAGUUUGGGUCACUUCAUAAGCCCACCUUGACUGCACUUGGCUGAGGAAGGGAAUGGAUGUAGAGAGCAAAGGACAAAGGGUAGGUGGCAGUUUCUGGA